GACCGUGUCAGAUGUUGAGGUGGACUUCUACAGUCGCAAUGUGCAGUUUAACAACUUCCACACACCCAACAAAGUCAACGGCAGUGCGGUACAUCUCGACACAGCAAAUGUGCUGUCAUUUGAUGCGCAAAGUGGUGCAUCUGGCAACACCGCAG